AUGGUCGAUAUAACAAAAAAAGCAGUUUGGCUUGAUUGUGAUCCAGGACAUGAUGAUGCAUUUGCCAUUAUAUUAGCUGCUUAUCAUCCAUCACUUGAACUUAUUGGAAUAUCAACUAUUGAUGGAAAUCAAACACUUGAUAAAACAACAAAAAAUGCAUAUACAAUUGCUUAUAUAGCAGGUCUACCAACUACUAUUCCAAUAAUACGUGGUUGUAAUGAACCACUUUGUCGAGACAUUAUAACAGGUGGUGACAUUCAUGGAGAAACAGGACUAGGUGAUAUUGAUAUUCCAGAACAUCCAGAAUAUCAAUCGUCAAUAAAUGACUAUGAUGAAAAUUAUCUAUGGAAUAUUUAUAAAAAGAUUCGUGAUGUUGGAAGAUUAGUUACUUUAAUUGCUAUUGGACCAUUAACUAAUGUUGCAUUAUUACUUAAAGUUUUUCCACAAAUAAAAAACUAUUUAUCAGAAAUUGUUAUUAUGGGAGGUAGUAUUGGUAUGGGAAAUGCGACACCCAGUGCAGAAUUUAAUUUACUAAAUGAUCCAGAUGCAGCUCAUAUUGUUUUUUCAUCACCACAUGUACCUCGUCUAGUGAUGGUUCCAUUAGAAGUGACACAUACUGUUUUCGCUACUAAACAAGUUCGUGACCGUCUUCGAUCAAUAGCUUCUCCAUUUUCAACAACUCUCGAUUAUUUACUUCAUUAUUUUGCUACUGCUUAUAAAGAUGUAUAUCAAUUUGAUUUUCCACCAUUACAUGAUCCAUGUGCAGUAGCUUACGUGGCAAAUAAAGAUUUAUUUGAAGAACAAUUAAUGCAUGUUGAUAUUGAACGAACCGGUGGAUAUUGUCUAGGAAGAACUAUUUGUGAUGUAUUUGAUAUGCAACGAAAAGAAAAAAAUUGUUUCGUAGUAAUGAAAAUUAAAAAAGUCGAACAAUUUUGGGAUAUGAUGUUAGAAGCAAUUGAACAGGCGGAUAAGAGAAGUCCAAUGAAUACAAUUAGAUAA